GAAUUUCACUUCGUAUUAGUACGCCAUUCAAACCUAGUUAAAGUUUUUUUAUUGCUAAAAUGAUUUUUUCGGAAAGAUGUUAUAUUAGUUUCAUCCUGCUAUGCAUCACAAGUAAUGCGGAGGUAAAUUCAGUUAAAUUACAAUUAAGAAGUGAUGAUAUUUGUGGAGAUUAUGAAGGAAGACGGAUAUAUUUAGAACUCGGUAGUGAAGGUGUUCUUGUUGCAAAAAAUAGCAGCGAAAUAGCAUCAAAAACUACCUCGACUCAUCAGCAAUGCAGUUUGGAGCUUAUAACAUGUCCAUCAUGCAUAAUAAGCGUCAAAUUCGCAUUUUUGAAUAUUUCUCGAAACUGUGGGAAAAACUCAGUUCUUGACUCGUGUGGUUGUGACUACGUAUGGAUCUACGAGCCACCGUUUGAAGACGUUUCAGGCGAGCAAUUUUGCGGCCAUUUUGUCAACACAAAUACCUCCCAUUUGAUCUAUAAAAGUCAGACACGCGCGACCGCCAUUAACUUCCUCUUCAGCAGUUAUCAUAAACAUGCGUUCACGUUAGAAUACACAUCUGAACGAAAUCGCCAGUUUUUCGACGGAUAUCCCAACAAGUACACCAUGAAUAACAAUACGAAUCAGUUUGUGACAUCGCCAUUCUUUCCGCACUUCUAUCCUCGCGACAUGAACACUGAAUAUAUUAUCACGUGCCGAAAUCAGGUCGACACUUGUCGAGUACGAGUAAUAUUUACGGAUUUUCAAUUAUCAUCCAGUUCACUGAUUGAAUUUUUCGACUACAACGGCCAACGCAUUUCGGUAAUCACCGGCUCGUUAUUUCGGCCGCCAUUGAUAACGACUACUGGUCCCAAGAUGGUGAUACGAUUUUAUGCAAAUGGCGGCACUAAUUUAGGUUUUCGCGCGUCAUACAAUUUCCUCAUGGGGGAAACAAAUUCAACUUUAAAACCAGACACAGAUUGUGGAGGAUAUGUGGAUAACUUAGGCGGCGCCAUUACAAUGAUGAACAUGUUAAAAGAAAACACAAAAGCGUACGACUGUUUCUGGAUAAUUCGUCCACCGGAUAAUUUUUUGCACCUUAAAACGCAGAUUUAUGUAAAAAUCACUACGUUCUCGGAUUUUGCUGGCCCUACUGAGUUAACUUUACGCCAAGGAAUGACUUCGAAGGAACCAGUAGUUGAAGCAUUACGCCAUCCAAGUUCUCACUUUGCGAUGGCAAAACAACGCGAGCACGUCGUGUCAAUAAAGCAAGGAUUUUACAUCAGUCUUAAGGGUUUAUUUCGGCCCGAAUCGCGGUUAGCAAUCGUAUAUUCAGCGUUCAACUACAAAGGUACUUCCCAAUUAGUACAAACAUGAAAUAUAAUUUUUAUCGUUAAUUUAUUGUUGUUUCUAGCAUGUUAUUCUGGAUCAGAUUAUUUAUGCCGAAACAUGCGUUGCAUUCCUUCUUAUCUUGUCUGUGACGGCUUUGAUCAUUGUGGCGACAAUUCAGACGAAACCACAACAUGUCUCAAAGAACCAAAUGAACGGAUGCGUUGGACACACACUCCAAAUUUUUUCUUCCCCAAAAACGAUAAGUAUUCUUACCUUAAAACAGCAACAAUCGUCUUCGUCGUUUGUUCAAUGGGAUUGAUGACACUGAUCUUCACACUGGUGCUUAUCCUUUACCGACUGAAUAUGCGUAACCGAACGCAGCGCCAUUUGCAAUCACACUUGCAGUCUAUCAACGAUAUGCUAGACGAGGGUGUUGCCGAAUCCGUUAUCGAAGAAAUUAUUGAUCCCGACGAACCGCCUUUAUACGAAGCACCACCAGACUAUCAGAGCGUACUGAAGAUAGAGAAACGCAUCUCGAAGCGACGGUCACGAUCAAGUUCGCGCAUGUGCAAACACGUAAACAAUACUCCUACCGAUACGAGUUCGACGUUAUCAGGAUGCAUCACACCACCGCCGAUGUAUACAUCGUUGCCACGCAUCGAAAUCUCGGAAGUAGACGAAGUUGCGAGCGCCAGCACGUCGCAAAAUGUUGUGCCAAAACACUAUGACUAUAACUCUUUCACACUACAAAAACAUCUAUCACUUGAAGAACUACACGCGCCUUUACGCCAGCGGCAAUUGUCAUUGGACAUUAACAGGGUCAAGCUGUACAACGCGAUUCGCAAAAGUCAAGCGGCAAAUGAUAACCCGCCGGAGGUAGUCGCACGUGGCAAGCGGAAACGCCGUUUCUCCAGGAUUUCCGAAACACAUCUUUUGCUCGCAAUUGUUGCACCUGACGAUGUAGCUUUUGAAUCCAGUGAGGGUGUCAAAAAUUUAAGACGAAGCGUCUCAAUUGAGAACUUAUUAUUGCUCGUUCUGUUGGUAUUGCUGCUAAUUGCAGCAAGAUUGAUAUACACCAUGUCUAAAUACGUUCCAAAAUUUAAAGAAAAGCCCUGCGACGAAGAUAAGUACAUAAAUAUAUUGUUGCUUGGCGAAACAGGCACGGGAAAGUCGACAUUUAUCAAUUCAUUUGUGAAUUAUUUGCAAUAUUCUUCACUUAUUGAUGCUGAAGGUCAAAAGCUGGUAUGUCUAAUUCCGACAAAGUUCUCCGUACAUACGGACGAUGGUGACACGAAGGUCCUUAACUUCAUGAACGAUGAUAAUGAAGACCAGGAAAUUGGCAAUUCCUCAACACAAGGUGCCAAAGCUUAUGUCUUCCCGUUUGAAUCGAAAAUGAUCCGCCUGAUCGAUACUCCGGGAAUAAAUGAUGCGCGUGGAGCCAUCACCAAAGACCGCGAGAACUUCGAGAAUAUCCUCGAGUACAUCGGGCAGUUUAAGCAUCUGCAUGCUGUGUGCUUCCUGCUCAAACCGGAUGUGACUGUGCUCACUGCCAGUUUUAAAUACUGCCUCAUCGAGCUCUUCUCGCGGUUGGACCGCUCCGCCGCCACUAAUAUAUCUUUUAUUUUUACACGUACAUCCAGUACCGAUUAUAAGGCCCCCGAUACAAUCAACUGUCUUCGGCGAGUCGUUGAUGAAAUCGCCGGCACUGAAUGUGUCACCAUACCACUACGCUUCAAAGGCACCGAGCAAAAAAAUUGCUUCUACUUUGACAAUGAAGGCUUCAAGUAUCUCGUGGCGCGUAAUCAGGGUGUGCGUGUAGGUAACCCAAAACGUCUUCAGGAGAGCUGGGACGUUUCUUAUGCUUCCAGCUGGGCACUCAUCAAUUAUAUUGUCGGUGACGACAAACACGCGCCACUUCCUCCUCACAACGUGCAGGAUACUGUAUCAGUGAAUAAAGCACGACUGCUUAUUUUUGAGCUGGCUAAGCCACUAGCCGAUAUUACUGAAUUGAUACAGGACAACCUUGACGUGUUGAAGGCACAUCAGGCCAAGAUCGUACAAGAGAAUCUCACCAGCGAUGAGUUGAAGCAGAUGAUGUAUGUGCCCACCAUUGACCUGGAGGAGAAGCUUCUCACCCAGCCGGUAACCGUUUGCGCGGCGAAAAAGUGUGCCGAAACCUACACGGUCUCAGGAUUACAAAAGUACCACUACAAACAGAGAUGCCAUAAUCCGUGCUAUCUGACUGGUGUACAGAAGGAUGUUAUUGGCGACGCUGGUUUAGUACAUUGCGCAGCAAUGGGUGGCAGUACAAAAUGUAAGCAGUGUGAUUGUCACUUCACUACUCACAUGCACGUUUACUAUGAAACUACUACAGUGGAGUCACGUAUCGAAGACAAGACGGUUCAGUCGCAACUUGCUACCAACGCGCAGAUUAUAAAGGCGCAGUACGACCACAUCCGAAAACUGGAGAAUCGGGUGAAAGAGUACAAGGGUGAGCAUCAGGAGAUUUCCAAGGCUCUAGCAACUUUUGCAUACUUCUUGCGUAACAAUUCAAUAUGCCCAAUCAACGAUGCAUACGAGGCAUAUUUGGAUUGUUUAAUUCAACGAGAGAAAAUCGCUUUCGGAUCCAAUAAGCAACUUUUGCAGCGAUACGAAUCGUUGAAGAAGGAACACCUUGAGCAAAAACGUCUGCUUGAAGAGGCGGGUAAAAUGGCGAAGGCGCAGAAGAUUGCACACGUCACAUCCGAUCAAAUCAUGGCCAUCUGGGAAUGUUUGAAGAAACUGCCACAUACCGGAAGGAAGAUCAAUACGCUUCACCGAAUGCUUACUGAGCGCAAGCACGGCGAAAUGCUGAAGAACAUGGAGUACGUACACACCCAAAUAGCGAGGGUGCCGAAAAAACCGGAACCACCUGUUCAGCCCGCUUCGACAGGUGCCAAGAAAAAAAAGAAGGGGAAGGCGAACCCAAAUGGAUUGGAGGAGAAAAAGUCUCGUAUUGCAGAUCUAUUGGCAAGUGAUGAUAUGGAAGGAGCAAUGGCAUUGAUGAUAGAAUACAAAGAGGAAGAAGAGCGCCAAAAACUGAAAGAAUCUGAACAACAGGAUAAAAUGGAAGCGAUGAUGAAGAUGUUUGAGGCGAUGUUUGAAGCGCAAAUAGCAAAAAAGAAAGAGAACACUGGGAAAAACACUUCUAAAAAAAAUACAGAGACCAGCAAUUUUGGGCAAAAAGGGAGCAACAAAGCGCAGGGUAAUCAGAACCAGAAUAGAGGAGGGACUCAUCCCAACAGGGGCGGUAAUAUUCAAAACAGGGGAGGUAAUAAUCAGGGCAGGGGAGGAUAUAAUCAAGGAAGGGGAGGAUAUAAUCAAGGCAGGGGAGGUUAUAAUCAGGGCACAGGAAAUUAUCACGCGCAGGCGAAAACUGUUUAUCCAUCAACACAGCCCAACGAAACCUUUCAUCAAUACCACAACAAUCAGCAACAAUACCCCAAUUAUCAACAACAGUACCCCAAUCCACAAUUCCAAAACCUACCACCACAGCAAUAUGCUCAUAAUUACCAUCGACCCGGACCAAAUAUGGAACUACCAUUGCAAUUUAACAUCAACUUGAAUUCUCCUGAGCCGAAAAUCGAACCACUCUUGAGUAGGUAUCGUGAGCCCCCUCCGGCAUACAGCAACGUGUUGAAUAAUAAUUCGCACGUUCGCGGUAAGCCGCAACAGCAACAGCCUCCGAAACAACGUAAUGCUCAGUUCAAGAAGCAAUCUCCUCGUAAACAUGUUCCUAACUCUGUCGCCAAUACAGAGGAAGACGAUAAAGAAGUUGAUGAUGAAGAGGAUAGCAACGAUGAAGCCAGCAUCAACAACAUGAGACGAUAUUUGGACGAGCAGCGUAAAAAAUUAAACCAGGAGCCAUCGUUGCCUGCCAGGGCAGCUCGUGAAGCCGAAGCCAGAGCGUCGGACAACAGGCCAAAAGAUAAUGAUGUCACCGACAGAUUUAUGAAGUUCUUUAACUCAUUUAAGAAGAAUUAGAAAUAAGACUUUCAAUAAUUGAAUAAUUCAUGUACCCAUUUAGAAAUACGCAAUUUGUAUGCAUUUUCAAAUAUUUCUCCAUAUAUUUUAGACAAUAUAUCGUGCAGCAAGUUAUAUUUAUAUCUAUAUAAUUAUAAAGUUGUACCUAUUUGAUUAAAUGUGAAGAGAAGAUAGGUAAUAUUUA